CCGGCCGGGCUGCCCCGCACUAAGAUGGCGGCGGCCGGGGCUCGGCGGCGGCGGUUGUUGCGGCUGCUGAUGCAGCUCGGCUCGGUGCUGCUCACGCGCUUCCCCUUCUGGAACUGCCUCAGCGCCCUCAUGCUCUUCGCGGAGCGGGCCGACGCCCGCAGGAAACCUGACAUCCCCGUCCCGUAUCUGUACUUGGACAUGGGGGCAGCGGUGUUGUGUGCCAGCUUCAUGUCCUUCGGGGUGAAGCGCAGGUGGUUUGCACUGGGAGCUGCUCUUCAGCUAGCAGUCAGCACGUAUGCGGCGUAUAUCGGGGGCUAUGUGCACUACGGUGAUUGGUUGAAGGUGAGGAUGUACUCACGAACUAUAGCUAUCAUUGGUGGGUUCCUGAUCUUGGCGAGUGGGGCUGGUGAGAUCUAUCGUCAGAAGCCACGGAGCAGGUCUCUGCAGUCCACCGGGCAGGUCUUCCUCGGCAUCUACCUCAUCUGCGUGGCCUAUUCCCUCCAGCACAGCAAAGAGGAUCGUCUGGCUUACCUCAACCACAUCCUAGGUGGCGAGAUCACCCUGCAGCUACUCUUCAUCCUCUAUGGGGUGCUGGCCCUGUCAUUCCUGUCCGGUUAUUACAUCAGCACGGCCGCCCAGAUCCUCUCGGUGAUCCUGCCCCUGGUCAUCCUGUUCAUUGAUGGGAACCUCGGCUACUGGCAUGACUCCCGGCGCGUCGAGUUCUGGAACCAGAUGAAACUCAUCGGGCAGAACGUUGGUAUCUUCGGGGCUGUCAUCAUCUUGGCCACGGAUGGUUGAGAUGGGACAAGUGGGGGCAGAUAGGACAGGCCUGGGGGAGGGCUCUGCAGUUCGGGGGAGGGGAUGGGAGUAGGUUUUUUUAAAAUCACCAUUAUUUAUUCUUUUUUACUACUUUUAAAAAAUUCCUAGUUGAUUUUUUCCCAUUGACGGGCCAGGGGACUCGGUGGCUGCCUUUCUUGAGCACGUUAGUCCUUCAUUGCACUUUGACAGGUGUUUUAAGCACAGCCCUAUAGCACCUCACUCUUCUGGCUCUGUGUAGCAGCAAAGGGGACAUUGUAGAACAGCUGCCCACAGGGUCAGACUAGCUCAGUGGGUGUGUGAGCAGCGUAAUUCCUCUGCGGAAAGGAGGAGUGGAUCCUGGAAGCUUGGGAGUCCCCCUGGGGAGCCAGAUGAUUGGUUACUGGAAAGAUGCCAACAAUGAACUGAAUGGGGGACUUCAAAGCCACCCCUUCAUCGUCUGUGGUGAACUCUGCACAUUGGUUGCAAUGUGUGGGGUGUGUGGGGACCAUUGUGUGUGUAUGUGGUGGGUGGGGACAACGGUAGUAAUAAUCUAGCUCUUAUUUAGUGCUUUGCAUCAGUAGAUCUCAAAGCGCUUUACAAAGGAGGUCAGUGUCAUCAUCCCCAUUGUACAGAUGGGGAAACCGAGGCACAGAGCGGGGACUUGACUUGCCCAAGAUCACCCAGCAGGCCAGUGUCCAAGCCAGAGUAACCGUCCUCCAUUCGUUACUUAAGCUGGUUCUCACUGUGCUUCUAACUAUUGCCUGUGGAAUUUCAUGGGGUUACAAAGGAACCCUGCUCCCCGAAAGGAUGCAGUGCUGUGGAGAGGAGCGAUUUCAAAGGGGAACAGCCCUCAAUGCUCUUGAGAGGGAGAAGGAAGCUGCUUCGGAGAUGAGAAGGGAAUAAUUUUGCCUCUUGCCCCGCUCCCGCUCUGUGUGCAUCCGUCCAUGCUGCCUCCCGUCCAUCAAUGGAGCAUGCAUGUGAAUCAGUUGUGCAUUGGCUUGUCUCCUAGCACAGCCCGAUGGAGGGAGCAGAUGGACACUGCUUUACAACCGGACAAUCCUGCCUGCCAAAGCCUGGAGGAAUGAACAGUAGAGAGGGGAGCCGCUACCUGUCCCCCCAAGAGAGGUGGAAUUUCCAGAGUGCUGGGGUGGAGUGAGAGUGAGGAAGGGAAGCUUGAAAGGGGGGAAAAGUCCAGUUCCCAACCCUCUGAGGAUCCCAUGUCUUACAACCCUGGUCAGGGUUGUCAGGGACAGGUUGGGAGACUGCGCUCCAUGUUGUAAGGUGACAUGCUGCCCAGAGACAACUUGCCUUUGCCCCCUGAGGGCCUCCUGCCCCCAGGUUUGGUUUGCCCUUUGCUGCGGGGCUAGCUAGCAUGCAGGAUCUCUCUAGCUCUAGUGCCCUGCCCGCCUAAGGAGAGCGCUCAAACACGGUCAUUGUCUCAACUGCCUAGAUCAAGCCGUCCACUUGGAGCUGCUGUUGCGUCUUCCCUUUUCUCUAAACCACUUUCCCCAUCAUGUAUUUCUGAUGAUUAAAUGAGAAAAGGCUUUUAACUCCA